CGUGUUGCGCCCGCCCCCCCGACCGACCCGAAACGCCUGUAAUCUCCAGACAGCGGGCGGCGAUUCAUCACACCUUGUCAGCUUCCCUCCAGCAACACAUCCACCUUACUCCACUACAUCAAUCAUUCCACAUUCUAAUCACUUUUCACGACUAAGCAGUUUUCACGACUAAGCAGUACAUUCGAUUCCUCAUUCCCCCCAGACGACUGCACGCCGACCUGCUAGACUUGUUGCCACAACUCCCACCUCACCCCCUGCGGAAGGAACAAACAAAAGAGCUCAUCAACCUCAACACCGCAAUUUGGUGAUCUACCAGACCCGACGUCUCGUUUCCUACACACAAACCGAGUACAUCGCGCAUCGCAGUCAUGUCUGAGCAGCCUUACGAUCCUUACAUUCCGUCUGGAUCCAACGGACCCAGCGCUACCGCUGCGCAAAAUGGCGACCCCCGGACGAGGGAGAUCGACAAGAAAAUCCAAGAAACCGUCGACACGAUGCGCUCAAACAUCUUCAAGGUCUCGGAGCGUGGCGAGCGCCUUGACUCGCUUCAGGAUAAGACCGAUAAUCUGGCAGUAUCAGCCCAGGGCUUCCGCCGUGGCGCCAAUCGGGUGCGGAAACAGAUGUGGUGGAAGGACAUGAAGAUGCGCGUAUGCUUGAUCAUCUGUGUCAUCAUCUUGCUUGUAGUGAUUAUCGUCCCUACUGUGAUCACCACCAGAAAAUAAGUUACGAACGCAGCGACAGUCAUGAUUGUCUUGGGAAUGGAUGAUGUUUUUCUUCUUUUUCACUUGGUCCUGGUUUAUCUGUGUUGUGCCCGUGAAGCUUUUGUUUCCAGCUACUAAUACCUCUUGCUUUUUCUCGGGCGUCGAACUAUCCCUGUUCUCACGAAUGAAGUCUUCUUGCCUCGCCGCACCAUUGACGCCAUGGGCUGCUCUGGGGUCUUGAGGCUAUGCCACAUGAAUCCAUCGACUGUGAAGAUGUAAAUGAUACUCUGGUGCUCGCUCAUGUCCUAGUAUAUCAGUGCGCUUUGUCUUUCUCACUUCGUUUCCUGUGCUACCCUUUACGGGUAUGCCUGAUGUUGUGUUGCUGCGUGUCCUUCGUUCUUUAGCCUCUGAAUGUCAACAAUAAAUUCCUCAUGAAACGUUGAUCCAAGAAAAAAAACAA